ACAUGAGGGCAGCAAUUGCAUUUCUGGCACUUAUCGGUAUCGUUCAGGCCAUUUCCUACGCAGACGUGCUGGAGGCGGAGUGGGAAACCUUUAAGGUGGAGUACGAGAAGAGCUACGAAAGCGAAGACGAGGAGUUGCUGCGCAAAUUAAUUUUCUAUGAUAACAAGAAGACGGUCGAUAAACAUAAUAUACGUUAGGCAAGGAGGCC